CAUAUCUUGCCAACCAGACCAACAUUAUUGGCUGUUAACUUUCACUGCCCAUCAGUCUUCACUCUCUGGCAUGCUGCUGCUGCUGCGUCGGUGAUACUAAUCAUUCUCUCCCUAUCCAUUGGGUUUGAGGGCAUAUAAGCAGACGAUGGCGGUUUCGCCUUUGGUCCCCCACGCUUCAUCAGUUGCAGCUUCAAGCUCAAAUGCAGGCAAUAAGUUCGAGAAUGACUCUGGCACCAACUCACCUAACAAGACGAAGCGCUCAUCGUCGCCCCAGCGCAUGAAGAACCCUGACCGUGAAAUCACGGAGCAACUUAACGACGAUGUGAGGCACAAGUACAUAAAAGAUAAGAAGUUGGGUGAGGGAACUUAUGCUGUAGUGUUUCUUGGUCACCUUCGCACCGACCCAUCGUCAUUUGUUGCAAUAAAGAAGAUCAAGGUCAAUGCUGAAUACAAGGAUGGGCUUUCUAUGGACGCUAUCCGAGAGGUAAAAUAUCUCCAAGAGCUUUCUCAUCCAAAUAUAAUUGCACUCCACGAUGUGUUCUCGUCCAAGGAUCAAAACCUCAAUCUGGUCCUCGAAUACCUGCCACGCGGUGAUCUUGAGAUGCUCAUCAGGGAUAGCAAUAUUCAUUACGGUGCCGCCGAUGUUAAAGCCUGGAUGGGCAUGCUUGCCAGGGGUGUUUGGUUCUGUCAUGAAAAUUACAUCCUGCACCGAGAUAUCAAACCAAACAAUCUUCUAGUCGCCGCUGACGGCGAGGUCAAGCUGGCAGAUUUCGGUUUGGCCAGGUCCUUCGCCGACCCAUACUUGAAUAUGACACACCAGGUUAUCACACGCUGGUAUCGACCUCCCGAGCUGCUUUUCGGUGCGCGACAGUAUUCUGGAGCUGUCGACGUUUGGUCCAUGGGAAUGGUUUUUGCUGAACUCCUUCUACGGGUUCCAUUUGUCGCAGGGAAUUCAGACUUGGAUCAAAUCUCCAAGAUUUGCGAAGCCUUCGGGACACCAACUGAGGAGAACUGGCCAGGCGUGACUAGAUUGCCAAAUUACAUACCUGCCGAUCCGAAUCAUAUUGUGCCUUUACAAGGUCGAGAUUUCUUUCUCCGGCAAUUUCCCACGGCUGGGCCUGUUGGGGCAGAUUUGCUCAUGUCGAUGUGUACCCUGGAUCCCAGAAAACGAGGCACCGCCUGCCAAAUCCUACAACACGGCUGGUGGCUUGCUGAACCGAAGCCAACUAAGAAACAAGAUCUUCCUAGAAAAGUUGGCGGAACCAAAAAGAUGGGCGAUGAUUUAACGAGGCGAGGUGGGGAGCUUGACGAUACUCCCUUCAAAAAUGCCGCUCGACAAUUGGAUUUUGGCGCGGCAAGGGACUGAUAAACGCAUGUGCGUCUUCUCUUCCCGGUCGCACACGGUCAUACUUGCAUCUUCCUGGUACCUUAGUAUCCUGUGCCAUACCAUUGGUCAAAGAUCAGAAGGUUCGCGGAAAAUUUAACAUAAGUUCAUCGGGAAUUCUGAGUCAUACAGAGUUCAAGGAUGAGCAACAAUAUAUGUCAGUGUCUACCUGUGCCACACCAUCAAGGAGGGGACAUGGCAAUCGGCCCAUCAUUGGUGAACUUCAUCUCUUGAGAUAAGACCCGCUCAUCGACGGUGUGGAUUGCGCCCAGAUAUGCGGGUGAGAUUAGCGAC